AAGAGCUGCUGCUCUCUUGGCUGUAGUUCUCUAGUCUGGGCGUAGAGUGGAACGGCUGUAGGCCUUGGCCUCUAGUCUGCACUGGAAGUUGCAGACUGCAGUUCAGUUUUAGCAGCCGCAAGAGCCAGUAAGGAGUGAAAUGCUGUGUGACGCGCUAGUCUUUUUUCUGGCGGCCUUGUCUUUGCUGUCCGAGAGCGAAAGGAACCUUUGUUAGGAGGAAGGCUAGGCUUACAAGAAUUGAGGGAAAUUCCCAAAGGAAAAAGGAGCUGCUGUUACCAGAAGUCUGACUUGCUUCGCUUCAAGUUAGCUUCCUUUUUUGUUCCUGUAUCCCACACAGUGGUGUGGUUCCAAAAUACCUUCUGAGUGAAAGCUCCUGUCCAGGAAUAGGGCAUUAGGCACUUGUUUUUCACAUAAAUGCAGAGGGAAACUUUAUUCCAGAAAGUGAAACUUUUUAAUGCAAGUGGAGGCAAACCUGAUUAAAAAAUGUCUACAAUUGAGGUGGCAGCGCAAGAAUGUGAGGCAGAAGCCCUUGCCCAUGUGGAUGUUUGUGGAAGAGUCCCUGCUGGGUGUUUGAGGCAAAGCAUAACCUUGUAAAUGGCAGUUUGCCAUUUCAUACCUCCUUGUUGUUUAAGAGGAUUGAUUGUAAAGUAUAAUUCUGAAGUACAUAAGAUAUCUAAAGCUGCAAACAGAACUCCAUAUAAGCAUUAUGUGUUCUUGCAUGCAGUUAUCUUCGGCUGUAAGAGCAGAAUGUAACAUACCAAUAGAGACAUAGUUUGGUUUUUCUUUUCCUUUCCCAUAUUUGUGGAAACUUAAGGCUGCAAUCCUAAAUAUGUUUACAUGGGGCUUGAAUUCUAUUGAAAUCAACAAGACUUAACUUCCAAGUAAAUAUUUAUAAGCUUGUGGACGGACCUGCAUGGAGAAAAAGAUGGGAGAAGCUGUUGCCAGAGUAGCAAGAAAGGUGAAUGAAACUGUUGAAAACAGAGCAGACACACUUGAUUUGGCAGAUUGCAAACUGGUGACUUUCCCUAUUGCCCUUUACAAAGUCAUGAGGCACAUCACUGAAGGGAUAUACCUCAUCACUCUGGCCAAUAAUGAGCUAAAGUCUGUGACCAGCAAAUUCAUCACCACCUUUAGCCAGCUUAGAGGUAUUUUGAAGAAGGAAACGUGGAGAACGUGGAGUUGUCAGUUCCUACCAUCAUCUUGCGUAGAAGAACUUAAUCUGGAAGGGAAUUAUAUCCAUCGCCUACCAGAGGAGGUCCAAACCUUGUUACAUCUGAGAGCCAUCAACCUUUCCAGGAACAAAUUUCGGCACUUUCCAGAGCAGCUGAUCUCUUUAAAAGCUCUUGAAACUAUUAACCUAGAAGAGAAUGAGAUUGUAGAUGUCCCUGUUGAGAAGCUUGCCUCCAUGGAAUCUCUCCAGAGUGUGAACCUCAAGUCAAACCCGCUGAAUGAGGAGGUCCGGGUGAUUGCCAGGCCACUGAUCAAAUUUGACCUUCUGAUGUCUCCAGCCCUUCCUCAAGUCUGAAAUGUGACUGACUUGGGUGUGCAGAUAUAGCAUGGCUGUAUUUGGUUGUAGUUAUAACCGGAAAGAGAAUGCAGUGUGCGCUGAGCUAGGACACUCCCAGCAGUUUUCCCAAGCUGCACUGCUCCUGUGUGUGUUAGGUUAAUGGGCGUUCAGAGUAGCGGGGAGCAUGUUUUUGCCAAAUGCCGAGAUAAAUCUCUAUUGAGCUGCAAGGAUAUUGAAAGCAACAUAAUGCCUACAAAGAAGAUUGAAUAUCUUUUGAACAGUUAGAGAAGAACAUUUCAUCCGAGGACAGGCAAUGGUCUUUUUGCUCCUGUAGUGCAGAGGUGGAACAAGGAAUGGGACAAGGAACAACAAUGGAAUACAGCUUUCUUCACAUCAGUGGUCUAUGAUUUAGGGCAAACAUGGCCAAAUGGAUGUCUAGGAUGACUAAUCAGGCAUGGCCAGUUUCUAUAGCCCGUAAAUAAAUUUUACUUGUGUUAUUAAAUUAGAACGAAGGUUAUUUUCACAAUUCCAUGUGUCAGAAAAAGAAAAUGAUUGUUAAAGGUUGUGUGGGUGAGGUUUGACAUUUUAACACUUUUCAGGUGUUUUCAGGUGUUGUAUGUUAAUAACUAGAUGAUAGGUAGCCAUUGACUUUGUUUUAGUGCCUGACCAACAGUGAGGAGAUCAGAUUGUGCAACAAAAUCUACUUCCAGACCCAAGACCACUGUCUGAAGAAUAAAGUCCUCAGGAAUAUAGAAUCUGGCCACCCCUAGUUUAGACGCUCCAUAUGAGUAUAAAUCCAGUUAUAAUGCAGACCACCACCAAGUCUUGGGAGUAGAUUUCUUUGAUAAAUGUUGUGUUGUAUGAUCAAAUAUUUUGUUAAACCUGCUGUGUUUGACUUUGCACUUGGUUUUAUCCAGUGGCUUUUGAUAUCUGCACCAUGUGAAAAGAUUAGUGAUUUUGCAACUCUCCAUAAAUGAAAAAGCUUAGUCAAUUUUUCUGGCCUUCUUUAGUACAUUUUCUAUUUGUAGCUUCUACACUUACUUUCUCUUCCUCUCUUUCUCUUCCUUCCUUCCUUUCUUGUGGGGCAACUCAGUCUAUACAAUAUUGUUGUGGUAUUGACUUAUGUAGGGGCAUCUUAAAUUGUAAACUGAAUUACAAAAAUUAUUUUUAACCAGCAAAAUGCUUGUCAAAAUGUUUUCCCCAUUAAAGACUAUGUGGGGAGAAGCACAAGGACUCCUAGGGACUGCAGUGCAUGUUGCACUACUUGUUUUACAUAUAGACACACCAUGUACCUCCAUGGAUACAGAUACAGCAUCUGUAUCCAUGAAGACCAGGCUACCCACUGUGGCAGACAUGUUUUUCUCGCCCCACAAUAUUUUACUUUCUCCCAUGUAAAUGAAUGACUGCCAUUCACUCCUAAGGAGGAAAGCAAAGAAGGGCACUCAGGGAUACUGUUGGAGUGGAGGUCUUCCCCUGCUGAUCUCAGCCUCUGAAAAUCAAGUCUAUUCCUAUUUCCAUGGCCUGCCUCAUCAUUUGCUUAGCCGUAGCCGAAAUUUUGUUUCACAGUCACACGACAUGACAGAUUGCAGGGAAUUGGCUUCUGGAAAGACAGGCAGAUAUACAGGAGAGCUGGUCUUGUGGUAGCAAGCAUGACUUGUCUCCAUAGCUAAGCAGGGUCUGCCCUGGUUGCAUCUGAAUGGGAGACUUGAUGUGUGAGCAUUGCAAGAUAUUCCCCUCAGGGGAUGAAGCCACUCUGGGAAGAGCAUCUAGGUUCCAAGUUCCCUCCCUGGCUUCUCCAAGAUAGGGCUGAGAGAGAUUCCUGCCUGCAACCUUGGAGAAGCCGCUGCCAGUCUGUGAAAACAAUACUGAGCUAGAUAGACCAAUGGUCUGACUCAGUAUAUGGCAGCUUCCUAUGUUCCUAUGCAAAAUAAACAUGCAGCAGGUGAGAUGGAGAUGGCAAAUCCAUCCUUUGGAUGGUGUCUUCUUCCCACAUACCAAACAAAUAUAGAUUAAGCCCUAUUAAGAAAAAAACAACCAACCCUCUGCUAAAAUGCGUGAAAAGGGCUGCGCUUCUAUGAGUGUGAUUGAGUAGGUUUGGCCAACCUGCCUUGCAUCCAUGAGAGGCACACUAGUAUGAUGUGCCAGUGGGAAACUACCAGACUCAGAUUUGUCCAUAGAGCAGCAACAAAGCACAUGUUUGCCAACACUCCUUGGUGUGUUUGUUUUUAAAAGGCCUUUUCAGAUACUGCAUGAACUCGCUUACUGUUUGUGAUGGAUUGGAGCGUGGUGGCCUGCCCUUAGGGUUGGAACUUGUUUGCUAUUACAAAGCUUGGGAUUUCUUUGUGUCCUUCUUUAAGCAUUAUACUAUUGGGACUUCUCUUUUAAAAGAUGUCUUGUCCAUGGGCUACUAAGUCCUUGAUCGUUACCCACUCUUUCAUUUCUUGACUUCUGUGUGUGAUUGACAGGCUACAAUGACCUAAUGCUUUGACAAAUAAAUCUUCUGAUCUUCUGAAAUCCAGUCCACUAAUGCAAAGCUUUUUGAGAAAUGGAUGAGGCAGUUGAAGCAAUGGGAUGCUUCAGAGUAAAAGGGGAGUGGGGGGGGGGACUGCAGCAUCUCUGCUUUUACAUGAGUCUGAGGACACAUCUGUAAUUUUCUCAUUUCCCCCAUGAUUUGUUCCACUAAAUAUGAAAAAGAAGUUUGCUACAUUCAUUCCCAUGUGCUGUCUCAGUACAUAUGUUCUACUUCAUCUAAAUCACCACAAGUAACUUAGAGCUAAAGCUGGUACUCUGUAAGAUAGGUACUAACCUCACUGUUAUGUCUUCUUAUGAAUGGCCAUUUGGGCAAAUCUUUUACUGGGCCUCUCAGUCUCAUUUUCCUUCUUUCUUUCUCAGAGCUUUUCAAUCAUCUGUGACAAUCUCUGUUUAGCCCUUUGAAACCAAGCAACAUGGACCGCCCCCCGCCCCCAAUCUCUGCAAGUUUUGAGCAUGACAAAAUACUCUGAGUGGGUGAAGCUGUCCCACACCUUACAGUUCUCCUCCUACACCAUCUUAAGUCCUGAUCUUUAGAUCAAACUUACUGCAGGGAAUGUGGGCAUAUUUGCAGGGUUGAACAGAUUAAUUUAACCUCCGUUAGUUUUACUGUGAUGUCACAUAAUAAAUCAAUAAAUGUUUUGUGAUUUUG